GAAAUAACUGUAUGUCAGAUAGAAAAUCAAUUGAGCGGAUGGACCACUCCGUCUGCUCUUAAUAACAACUUGUUUGCACGCAGAAUCGAUACUUCCCCGCCGUUAUAUUGAGACUAUCCGCCCCUUUUCCCAACAUCUUCCAACAUAAGUUCACAACUUAUUCAUUCUUGUGGCUCCCCACACCCUUUAUAAAGAUUAGACUUGUCCUAGUUGAACACAAACCGUAUUGCUGUCAGCACAUCAACGUACGUGUUUGUACUAAAACUUGCUUGUACCCAAUCUAUUCGGGCUCGUCGGGGACCUCGCUAGGUACCACAAUUACUACGGUGGUCAGCAUUUCCUAUCAGAUAUUGUAGGACAAGGAUAGAAUAUCCUGCAAUCAUUCGACGCUCUGUACCAGGGUUGCAGUGUUGACAUCCUCCAAUGCAGCAGACCUCUACUUCUGUGCCUCAUAUGUUUUGGUCGGCGAGCAAUUCAUCCACAUCCACAACAAAUCUGACCACUAGAGCUAUGGAUUCCAUUUCUCCCAUUCAAACGCCUUCGACGAGUAAUGCUUCAUCACUCUCACCUACUUCCGAUCAUGUGCCUGAGAAACAAGGCGAAAGACAGCCGGCGGUCGUUCCGGAACAUCAAAAGGAUCGGAUCACUGUCCCAUCAGCAUGCGUCGCUUGUCGUUCUAAGCACCUCAAAUGCGAUGGCCUAAGCCCAUGUUCGAGAUGCUCUACUAAUGAAUAUGAAUGUAUAUACGUGAGAAGUCGUCGAGGCUUCAAAGGCCCUAGACGUAAUGGAGCUCAAAACAAGACGGUGGUGUCGACGUCUAGUCAAUCAAACAAUCCCAGAGCUUGCCCACUAGUUCGACCAGGGACAUCAUCGACGACUCUCAAUACCACCGGUAUUUCGGGCAACAUUCCCAGUGGAUUAGCUACACCUCCCGACAACAGACUGCAGUCGCUUCCGUUCGGACCGGCAGAUCCCGCGUCUUAUGGUAAUAAUAGAGAUCAGACGAUUUUAGACGUUAAUAAACCUCAAUACAACGGAUUAGACCUUCGCCAAAAAUGUAUUGAAGCAUUCUUCUUUCAUUUUUGGCCCGCACACCCCUUUGUUCUCCCGAGAGAUAAUCUGCUCAGAUUAUUAAAGGAGAAAAAACAAUUGGAGCAUUUAGAAGCUGCUAUGAGAUAUGUGGGUUCAUUCUACAUAGAUCAAGCACCCACCACGGCACUAUGUCUAGAAGCCGAACGAGCAAUUUAUCGGGCAGAUUGUCCCAAGGAUGCAUUCAAAGUUCAAGCAAUGCUUAUUUUUUGUAUUGGGCUUGAUGGUUACACAUACCAGGAGAAGGCCUUACAAGUUCUUACCGAUACUCAAGAAUUGGCAUUACAAUUGGGGAUGAACAAGAGGGAUUUUGCUUCUAUACACGGGAAUGGUUGGCCCAGUAUGGAAGAGAGCUUGCGUCGUACUUGGUGGGAAAUGUUCGUGGUGGAUGGAAUGAUCGCUGGCGUUCACCAAAAGAGUUUCUUUCCCAUGAAAGACAUACCUGCAGAAGUUGGACUACCAUGCGAAGAGUACGAAUACAUUAGCGGAGUAAGUUUUCCCUAAUUGAUAGGCGAGAUUUUCCACCACACCUAUCUUAUAAAAUUACCAUACUAACAAAACCCAGAAUAUUCCGGCCCCUCAUUCACUUGCAGAUUUUGACGAUGAGGAUUUCGAGCACCGUGAUUUCAAUUACUCCUCUUUCACAUAUCGUAUCUCUGCGAUCCGAAAUCUGGGCCGAUUAUUGACUGGACGUCAAAUGAAUCCUCAUCCUGACAGUUCCGCUGUCGAUCGUCUAGAUGCAUAUCUUGUAAACUUCCGUUUACAUCUCCCAGAGAAUAAGAGACAACUCGUCAGUGGUGAUGGCAAGCUCGAUGAAAUGCUUUUCCAAGCAAACAUGAUAACCGAAGCGUAUGUUUUCUUGUCAAAUUUCUUAUCAUUACUCCCAUACUUUCUAUUUCUACAUGAACUAACCCCAUUCUCAAACAGCACAACUAUCGUUCUUCACCGCGAACUCUCCGAACUAGACAGCAGCAUCACCACCCCCAUAACCUCCUGCGCACCGCACCACCCCAUCACUCCAGGCUCAAACUACAACAUCCAUGCCUCUAAAACCGUCACCGCCGCCCAGUCAAUCUCCAAAUUAAUUACCCUCCCCAUCCCCCUCAUCCGCCACACUCAUUUCUUCACCUGCGUCGUAACGCUCGCCUCCGUCGUUCAUUUGUCUUGUUGGUCAGUUCUCUACCCUCUUCUCAACGACGAUGAUCUCAAGCAACAAUUGAAAUUGAACACUGGAGCGUUAAAAUCUCUGUGGCAAGUAUGGCCUAGUGCCGGACGUGCAUUUGGCCAGGUAAAAGGAGUAGCGAGUGAGAUUUGGCAGAGGAAGAAGGAGGUUGUGGAGAGAGGGUGGUGGGGUGAAGUGGGCGAAGAAGUCUUUAUUAGGAAUAUGCAGGAGGAACGGGGGUAUUUGGAGGAAUUACAAUUACUUGAUGCUCCUGUACCGCAGGGAUUUUAAGUUGCGGUGUUUUCUUUGCUUUCAUGUUUUUCGGCUUCGUCUCCUUUUCAAUUCUCUGCGGUUCUUCUUUGGUGUGUUUUUUUGGAGACUUUUUUUUUCAUUUUUGGUUUUAUCUUUGGUUUGCAUGAACUUUGGAAAUAUGGAUGGAAAAUCGCG